AUGUCCGAAUACACGACAUGGCACCAGCGCAGGAUGACAGAAUCUGGCUUCCACCAGACCGCUACGUCGCUCUCGAGUCUAUCCGAUGCUGCUUUGCGGGCAGAGCUCUCUCGGCGGAGCACGGCUCGAGGCGUGCGCGAUGAAAAGCCCGAGUGCGGCUCGUCGGAACCGGGGGUUUAUAAUACACCAAUACAUGUCAUGGCGCUUUUUCUCAUCCUGGCAUUGAGCACGUUAGGUAACCACCGGUCCCCUCAUUAUGUUCAUGGCUCGUGUUUAACCCAUCUGCCUCAAGCGUGUUCGUUCCCCGUGCUGGCUCGCCGAUUCCCGCGCCUACCUAUACCACGUCGUUUUCUGUUCCUGUCUCGGCAUUUUGGAACGGGGGUUUUGAUUGCCACGGCUUUCGUCCACUUGCUUCCCACGGCAUUUGUCUCUUUGACAGAUCCAUGCCUCCCAAGGUUUUGGAGCGAGAGCUACCGUGCCAUGGCCGGUUUUAUCGCCAUGAUAUCCGUCUUUGUGGUUGUGGUCGUCGAGAUGUUUUUCGCCAUGAAAGGGGCAGGCCAUGUCCAUGGAAGCGAGUAUGAUCAGCUGAUUAGCGAUGUUGGUCUCGAGAUCUCUCAUGACGGUCAAACCCCAGAUCCCAAUUACUCGAUGCUCGAGGGACAGGAUUCAGUGGCCAAUCACAUUCCGCUGGACAGGAUUCCGGGAAGUGAGCCGAUGCCUAGCACAGCACGGCCGCCAAUCUCUACGUCAAGACAUCCUUCAAGCGAGGAGGGCCAAACAUCCUCGAAAAACACGAUGGAGCCAAAGGAAGAUGACGACUUGGACUUGGACGAUUCCAACUCCCAUGAUGUCUCUUGGAUUAGUGGGCAGCGGGACUGCCACCCUCGGGGCCGUCCUUCACAUGAAUCUGGGUUCCAUCCACAGGCGGACGCAAAUCGACACCUGCAGAAUCCGCAGCGCCAGUUGCUCCAGUGCCUUCUUCUCGAGGCGGGUAUUCUUUUCCACAGUAUAUUUAUUGGAAUGGCUCUCAGCGUCGCAACCGGAACGUCAUUCCUUGUUCUCCUCGUGGCUAUUUGUUUCCACCAAACUUUCGAAGGGUUUGCUCUUGGAUCGCGUAUCGCAUCUCUGAUACCCGACCUUUUUUCUCCGUCUUCCAUGAAACCGUGGCUCAUGUCUCUUGCGUAUGGGAUGACCACCCCUAUCGGGCAGGCCAUCGGUUUAAUGUUACACAAUCUUUACGAUCCUGCGAGCACAGCGGGCCUACUCAUGGUGGGUAUCACCAAUGCUAUCAGCAGCGGGCUUCUACUUUUUGCUGGGCUUGUAGAGCUUUUGGCGGAAGACUUUCUAAGCGACGCAAGCUAUGCAACGCUGAGAGGCCGGCGACGUAUUGAGGCCUGUGUUGCAGUAGCUAGUGGGGCUGUAUUAAUGGCUUUGGUUGGUGCAUUUGCUUGA